CUUCAUCUCCCCUCCGCAGCGCGUCUAAGACGUGGCAGAUAAACAACCAAAACGCCGCGUUUGCAGCAGGAGCAGUUCCAAGGAAUAAGACGUCUUCGGCGGCAGGCGGAAGUAAUAGUUCCUCGGACGAGGAGAUGCUGUUCGAGAAUCGGAAAACAGAAUCUCCUCGACCACGUCCCACUACACCAGGCCAUCAUCAUGAACUUGAAGGUCAUAGUCAAGAAACCUGUUUCCCGGAUGUUCUGGGCUGGCGGCGAGCGCUGCUGAUCGAUGGGAUCAUGUACUUUCUUCUCGCCGUAGAGAAAAAUGAGCCGGAAGCGCUGGUCUUGCUGCUCUCUCACCUGGACUGCAUGCAGGUCACCGCAACCAGGGUCUUCCACUUGCUGCAACGAUGCAGCGGCCGGGAGAUAAGCAACAGCAAGCAGGGAUUUGUACGGAGCUUCUUGUGGCAACACCACCGGGUGCUGUUUCAACUGAAUCGCCACCGGGCGGCGCAAGCAGUGGUGCACGCGGCGUGGCUCGACGUGCGGGAGCAAGAGAAGCAGAAUGAAACUGUCGAAUCGUUGAUGGGUGGAGGGUCUGGACCUGCAACAACUUCUACAGAAAUCACUACUUCAUCUACAAGCACCAGCGUUCUUCUGGAGAGUGUUCUUCGCUCGCUCUACAGUAGCGACCAGAAAGCGUUCUGGACAUUGGUGAAAAAGUCGCACCACGACGAGCAGUUACAAAGUGCAACUACAACAAGUUCUUGCUUCAGCACGACCGGCGGGUUGCGCUCGUUGCUAUCCGACGCGGAGCUCUUUGCGGUUUAUUCGCAGGCCGACCCUUUGCGUUGCUUCUUCGUCCUGAAUCUCUGGAGAAGGACAAAAUUGCGAUCAAGGAAAACAACAGCAGAGAAUUUGAAAGCAGCUUUUUCUUUUAUUUUGCUGGAUGGUACUUCGAAUUCGUUGCCUGCACACGACCGUGGUGGAACUCAAGACAUCUACACCCUCGUCGCCACUUGGUGUAGUUUUGCAGGCGCUUCUGGCAGCAGUGCCUCAACAUCCGGACUUCGGCAGCAGCUUCGAGACCGGCUCGGCGAGACAGAUCAGGACGUCGUCGCUAGUUUGGUACAAGAAAACCACUUCGCUACGCUGGAUUCACCGGAUGGUGAUGCAGAAGGAACAGGAGUAACUACAGGGGCUUCGUCAUAUGCUUUGCAAAUUCGCUUCUACCGCACAGCAAGUAAAACUGGAUGUGGAUCUGGAAAAAGAAUUUGCAUUAACAAGCUGGACGAAGAUUAAGAGUUCAUAGCUGAAACAAACCUAGAGUACUCAAAUGAACUAUAUGUAUCUUAUCAAGGUCAUGUACUAGUAUUACUAGGUCUCAGAAAAACGAAAAUCAAAAAAGUGUGCCGCGCGCUAAUGAUGCGAUGAUCCGAAGCCAGACCUUCUUGCCGUGUGACGUUUUUCAUUGGAUCAUGGCAUCGCGUCAGGAGCUCCUGGAGGUGGUGCUCCUCGUCCCACUACUGGAGGCAUAACAAGGACAUCAUCAGCUUUGGCCGGAUCUUCAACUACGCCCAGGUCGUGGUCUACUUCCGCUUCUGGCUUACUCGCUAGCGAAAUCAACUUCCACGUGAAGAACUGUUUUCUCGAAGGUAAUGCCGACGACCUCAAGCAGCUAUUCCAGCUGGUCUUGGAAAAAACAGGGGAUGUCGAACACCUGUGCCAGUGUCUCCUUCAGCUGCAUACAAAGAGCGCAGCCUCUUGGGCUGGUGCAGCAGCGGGGGAAACAAGUGCCGGGACGUCGGAAGGAGCCGGAGCUGUUCUUGGUGCUAGCACGCUGUCGAAUGGUGACGUUGAGCUUUCUUCUAGUACUCAAGAGCAGCAGGACAUGGUGGACCACUUCUGUGAAGAAGGUGCAAUCAUGACUGCUGUUACCACCUCCUGUGCAACCUCCGUCCUUGAAAGAACUACCCGUCCUCUAGAGGAACAGCUGAUCAAGUUUGCGAUGUGCCACCUCGACCACUACCCUGAGAUUUACCGGUAUGGAAGCGUCAGGUUUGAAAUCGUCAAAGUUGAAAUAGUCUGUAAUGCAUAAAAUGCAUGACCCGAGGCACGUGUGUUGCAGAGCAGGUAAGUGAGGCCGAUUGCAAGCCUGUUCGGGGUUACAGCUCGAGCUGCUAAAGUAGCAUGAGAAAAUCGCUCUUCUUUGCCUAAACAGCAUGACAAACUGGAUCUAGGGACCACCGAAAUUUGUCAUGCGCCACUUGAAAACUGGAUUCCAACUGGCAUUCAUUUUAUGCAUGACAAAUUAUUUCAACUUUGUUGAUUUCAACUCUGACACAUCCAUAACCGGUGUCUGUCCCCCUUACCGCACUUCCGGACGUUGCUGCGAAAGGAGUUAUCUGCGCUGCUAAAAGUGCUGCCUGUAAAUAAAGUCGAAGCGGUGCUUAGUCGAGACAUUGUUGAUGAUCCACGAGCUCCUGGUGGUUCACCAGCUCUAACAAACCAGGGAAAAAUGGGAGGAAAUAAGGAGCUAUUUGUAGUAAAAAAAGCGAACGACGACCAGCCACAGCCUUUCUCGAUAAAAAAAACACCGCCAGAAGCAAGACCUGACACUAGUAGUAGUAGCCCAAAGACAACCUCCAGAGAGGCGGGACAACUACACGAUAAAGUAGAUGAAAUACCAAGAAAAAAAGAAUCUUCCUUUCUCCGGAGUCAGCUACUUGAUUUUUGCUCCGAGCUGGAAGCUAUGAACUGCAAAAGUAUCGUACUCGUAUAAAUGCAGAUCUUGCAUUACAAAUUUCUUUUUCAAGGCAAAUCAGCAUUACAAAUUUUAUUUCUCAUGCUGAGAAAAUUUGUAAUGCAUUUAUACGAGUACGAUACUUUUGCAGUUAAUAGAAGCCGCGCGAAAGACAGCAGAGGUGGAGCGGCGAAAAGCGGAAGAUCAGCGAUAUGACACCCUCAGAAUGGAAAUCCUCAAAGUGGAAAUAAUUUGUGAUGCAUGGAAUGCGCCACCAAAAAGACUGUGUUGCAGCGAACGCAAUGGAAGCCGACUAUUGUGCUUCUACGGGUUAAGGAUUGGAGUGCUGAGUAGCAUGACAGAAACGCACCCCUUUGCCUCACUAGCAUGACAGACACGUUUUGAGUGCAGCCCGGGAAAUUUGUCAUGCGCCGACUAUAAAUGGUGCUUCAACUGGAGUCGUUUUUUUUGCAUUACAAAUUAUUUUCACUUUGAGGAUUUCCAACCUGAGGCUUUCAUAAGCGAGCGCUGUACAGGCAGGCUUUUCUGAAGCAGGUGCUGGUGGUGCAGGGCGGGCAAGUAUCAAAUGCAAAAAUGCCUGGGUCUGGAAGAGUCGGAGCUUGUCAUGCACAUUUUGCAUGACGCGUGAGGUCUGUGAUGCUGGUGCUAGCAUCACUGAUUUUUUGAGAGCCUCUUGAUGCUAAUUACGCAUGAGAAAUGCCCUCUCCGCGUGCCAAGAGCUGACUCCUCUUGCUGCUCAUGCAACGCAGAUAUUUUCAGAAUCCGCAAACAUUACAAGUUCCACUCUUGUUCCAGACCCAGACAUUUUGCAAUCCAUAGCAAGGUGGAGGACGGCAGGGGGUCGUGUUCGACCCGACGGCGGUAAGGAUGAAGCUGAUGGAGGAGGCGGAAAUGUUGACGUCGAGCUCAGAAACUGCAGGGAUGAAAACGGCCCCCGCGCAGGAGCAUCGUGGGAAUGGGAAAGAUUCAGAUCAAGUACAGACUCUCAAGAUUCCGUUUUGCACCGUGCCAUUGUUGUGAUUGCAAGAACCGCAGCGCUAUUAAAAUUGAUGUUGGCCAUCAAUAUCAAUUCACGAAUACUUUGAGUUCCUAUUUCUUGUGGCAUUGGCGCCGCAAGAUGAAGAUGGUGUGAAAUCGUACAACGGUUAAGGAUUGUAUUGUUCCUCAU